UGUUACCAGAAGAUGUCCCAUUUCUACAAUGGUGGUCAUAUGGCUGUUUAUUACCAAAAGACAUUCCAUUUCUUGAAAGGGUAGACUCUUGGUUAACUAUAAUUGAUUAGUGAGUACAUGUAGAUUGAAGUGGGAAUUAUCAGGAGCAGGAACCAUCAUGCUCACCAAAUUCUUGUCAAGGUUGUGAAGGAUUCGGCGGGCUUCAUCGUGCAUUGGAUAGCUUCUGCCAUUGACUUGGCAGUUCAUCAGGUUACCGCUUCAAACCGUACCAGGUGGUAUAGAAAUGCUUUGGAAUCGACGUACCAUGCACCGGUCGUAUGAGUUUGCCAACUGCAUAAGAGAUAGAUGACUGUCACAGCACUUCAUUUUCAAGGAUUGCUUUGUGUACCAAGGGAUCCACUUUGCUUAUGUUUUUAUAUAUACUUGAAAUUUUGUCACUCAAUAGUUGGGAUCAGUUUUGUUCGCCAUCAGUCUGGUGGGUUGCUCCCUCCUAGCUAGGGUUCCUCCUAAGCUCAAGUAGCAAACGCGUCAUCCUGCUUACCUCUUGCCACCGCAUCAGCCUCGCCCCGACACCUUCACGUGUCGUUCUUGCACACAGUCAGGAUGGAGGUGUACAUUUCCUCGCAAUGGGUGCCAUUUAUAGAGCCUGUUCGAACUCCCUCCGGCUCCGCAACUCCAUUCCGGAGCAGCAGCCAGUUGUAAUUUAUGGAGCGGCUAAUACGAUGCUCCGCCCGCUCCGCUCCGUGACCGAGGAUUGGAGGGUUGCCGAACACAGCCUUAAUUACAUUUUACAAGUACGUAGUGUGUGUCUUUUGACUAUCAGGUUCCCUUAAUUACCUGACCCACACUAAUGUCCCGUUCUACCGCACAUCCUGUAUGCUCAAGUUAUGUUACUGUUAGUCAUUUUCUGUUUACUAAAUCGCCUACUAUACUACUCCCUCCGUCCUAUAAUAUAAGAACAUUUUUCAAACUAACAUAGAUUGAAAAACGUUCUUAUGUUAUGGGACGGAGGGAGUAUUAAUUUGCUGCCGUAUGAGGGUGUGUACUAUUUCUAUAUUUCUUGCCAUAACUUAAGCAUAGAGCAUGUGUGUGUACGCAAUGAAGCAACAGUGGUUGCAGCAUGGAGUCGUUGGGUUCAGAGCGAAGCGCGUUGGCUCACAUAAUUUACUCCGCUUCAUUGGAUGCCUCCUCCUGGAGUAGAGCACCAGCGUGUCUUUAACCGUUUUAUAUUGUAUACAAUGGAUCUUGCAGACAUAAGACGACCCACCAAGUCUUCUUCCAGAUUUGCAAACACUCUUCUACCACCACCACCACCACCACCACCACCACCACCAAGCUCCCACUGACCGAAGGCGAUUUCAAUCACCGGAGCACCCCGCUGAGCGACUGCCAUGGAGAUGAAGAUGGCCGUCGGCGCGGCCAACUGGCUCGUCGGCAAGGUGCUCACCAAGCUGUUCGACCCGCUGGUGUCCGCCUACAUGGACAGCUCCGACCUCGGCAGCAACUUCCUGACCGCCAAGAACCAGCUUCAGUACACACAGGGGCUGCUGUCUGCAUCCGUGGGCAGGGACGUGGGCGACGAUCCUGGCCUGCGCGGACUGCUGGGGACGUUGAGCAAGAAGGCCGACGAGGCCGAGGACGUACUCGAUGAGCUCCACUACUUCAUGAUCCAGGACGAGGUCGAUGGCACCAAGGAGGCUGCUGCGGAGAUGGGCGGCAGCAUCAAGGGCCAUUCGGUCCAUGGACGCCAUGUUGCUCGCUACACCCUCGGCAACUGCCUUCCGUGCUUUUCAUCUCCGCGCACUCUAGGUGAUGAUCCUCCUCCUGCAGUUGUUGCUGCUGCUGCUGCUACCAGUAGUGAAGACAUGCCUGGUGCUAGUAAUGAUGAUGGCGAUGUUGAUAUUAAGUUGUCAUUCAACAGAGUAGCCAUGUCCAAGAAAAUCAAGUCUGUCAUAGAGGAGAUGAACUCCAUAUGCCUGCUUGUCUCUGACCUGCUCAAAGUCAAAACUGCAGACCACAGUAGCAUUGCAUUAAGCACACAUGCCACCAUUGAAAGGCCUCCAACUGGUUCCAUAGUUCCACAAGAUAGAAAACUGUAUGGAAGGAAUGACAUUUUUGAGCAAACUGUAAAUGCACUUACCGGUGGCACAUACCAUGAUAAAACCCUCUCUGUUCUGCCUUUAGUUGGCCCGGGGGGCAUCGGAAAGACAACCUUCACACAGCACCUGUAUAAUGAUGAAAGGAUCAAGGGGCACUUCCCUGUCAGGGUCUGGGUAUGUGUCUCAACUAGUUUUGAUGUGAUCAGGCUCACCAAGGAGAUACUUGGCUGCAUAUCUGGAACUAAUGCCAACACAUAUGAAACAACAAAUUUAGAUCAACUUCAAAGAGCCAUUGCAGAGAAACUAGACUCCAAGAGGUUCUUAAUUGUGUUGGAUGAUGUGUGGACAUGCAAUAGCGAGCGUGAUUGGGAAAACCUAUUAGCCCCACUCACAAUAGGGGAAACCAAGGGCAGCAUGGUUCUUGUCACUACCCGUUUGCCAUCUGUAGAACAAAUGGUCAAAACAACUGAUCCAGUAAAACUGCAUGGUUUAGAUCCUGAUGACUUCUUUGCAUUGUUCGAAGCAUGUAUAUUUGCUCAUAACAAACCCAGGCUUUAUGAUGAUGACUUAGUUAAUGUUGCAAGAGAUAUUGCAAAGAAACUGAAGGGUUCGCCACUUGCAGCAAAUACAGUUGGCCGGCUGUUGAAGAAAAACAUCUGUUGGCAAUACUGGAUGGGAAUUCUUGAAAAGAAUGAAUGGCACAGUGCAAAAAAUGACGAUGAUAUUUUCCCAUCUCUGCAAAUCAGCUAUAACUACCUUCCUUUCCAUCUGCAGAAAUGCUUUUUUUAUUGUGCCCUCUUCCCAGAAGAUUACAAGUUUUAUGAUUUGGAAAAAAUCACUAACUUCUGGAUCACAAUGGGUAUUAUAGACUCAAAUUGCCAAAAUGACAAGAAUUACUUAGAAGAACUAGUGGACAAUGGUUUCCUCAUAAAGGAUAGUGAUAUGAAUGGUGAAUACUACGUGAUGCAUGAUUUAUUGCAUGAACUAUCUCGGCAUGUUUCAUCACAAGAGUGUGUGAAUAUAAGUAGUUUAAGUUUUAGAGCCAAUGACAUGCCACAAUCUGUUCGGCACUUAUCAAUCACUGUAAGAGAUAAAUAUGAUAAAAGUUUUGGAGAGGAAAUAGGUAAACUCAAGAGUGUAAUAGACAUUGGAAAUCUGCAUAGCUUGAUGAUUUUUGGAUUACAUGAUGUAGAAACAUGUACUAUUCUGAAAGAUGCAUUUGAAGGAAUAAAGAGUCUCCGGGUUCUAUUUAUACCUAGCUUUCCAAAAGAUUUGCCAAAGAGCUUUUCAAAUCUUAUCCACCUCCAAUACCUUAAACUCACACCACCUAGUGAUGAGAGAUAUAAUAAGCAUCCACCUAGAACAUUACCAAGAUUUUACCUUUUGAAAUUCUUGGACCUCUAUGAUUGGCACUAUUAUAUAAUUUUCUUUCCUAAAAGCAUUAGCCUUCUCAUGAGUUUACGCCAUCUUUAUUCUGAGGAAGAACUCCAUUCCAGUAUCCCUGAGGUUGGAAAGAUGAAGUGGUUACAGGAGCUAAGAGAAUUUCAUGUUAAGAAAGAAAGUGUUGGAUAUGAACUGAGCCAGCUGGGGGAAUUGACAGAGCUUGGAGGACAGCUUGCUAUAUGUAAUCUUGAAACCGUGGCAUCCAAAAAAGAAGCUAAUGAUGCUAAAUUGAAGGAUAAAAGAAAUCUGAAAGAAUUGGAAUUAGUUUGGGGUGCAGGGCAAAAGAUUACAGAUGGUGAUAUUCUCGAGGGUCUUCAACCACCCCCUAAUCUUAGAAAGCUUGGCAUUAUAGAUUAUGGUUUUGCCACUGGUCCUAGCUGGUUGUGCAGUGACAUUAGCAUAAAAAGGCUGGAGUCUCUACAUCUGAAUGGUAUAUAUUGGGGCACUCUUCCACCUUUUGAGCAGUUACCACACCUCACCAACCUCCAACUGGAGAAUAUUGCUGGGAUUCGUGUGUUUGGGCCUGGAUUUAUUGGUCUUACAGAGAGAAGUUUUAUGCACCUGAAGACAGUUAUCAUUGGGGAUAUGCCAGAACUUGAGGAAUGGGUCGGGGGACCCAAUAGCCCUUUGUUUUCAAGGCUUGAAAGCAUUGAAUGCUGGUGUUGCCCCCUUCUGUCCUCGUUUUCCUUCUUGCAGUGUUGUACCAACCUUUGCCGACUUCGUAUUGCUGAUUGCCCAGAGUUAUCUCAGUUCCCCUCUCUGCCUCAUACUUCUACACUAACAGACAUUUCUCUGCACAACCGGUUUACCAUAGGUUUGACGUAUGAUGGAAAGUGUUUGUCUGCUUAUAGGUAUGAUGGUGCUUUGGCCUUCCAAAAUAUGGAUAAAGUAGAGUCUAUAGAUAUUGAUGGAUCACCACAUGUCUCAUUGUCAGUGUCAGACCUCCAAAAGAUGAACUCCCUGAGAAAACUACUUGAAUUCGACGGCGCCAGCAUAUUCUCUGCAGAAUGGUUCAAUCCAGUCGUCCUCGAGGAAUUGGCAGCCCAUGACAAGUCUUUGGACGAAAAAAAUACCUCUGUAGCUGCAGGUCUGAUCCCAGAGGUGGCGAUGAGCAAAUAUUUGCACCCAGGUUCAUUCCAACUGGAAGAAAUGCGGGUGGGUAACAUCCUGGCAGUGCUUAUUGCUCCCAUUUGCAGACGCCUUGCCGCUACCCUUCACACAUUAGGGUUCUGCUAUGAUAACGUGACUGAAACCUUCACGGAAGAGCAAGCUCAAGCGCUUAAUCUUCUCACCUCCCUCAAAAGUCUAGAAUUUUUAAGGUGCAACCUGCAGUCUCUCCCUCGGCUAUAUGGCCUUUCUUCUCUCGAGAAAUUUUCGAUCAUGAGAUGUGAUGGAAUCGAAUCACUGCCGUCCAAGGAGGACCUCCCCGCUUCACUGCUGAAACUAAACGUAAGUGGCUGCGGUGAUGAGAUAAAAGAGCAAGCCGAGAAACUUAAAGAAGCAAACCCUUGUUUAUCUGUUUAUGAGGAUACAAUCUUAUACUACUAUCCAUAGGGAGAUUUGCCAAUUGCAAGCUCAACCACUUCUGAGGGCUCCACGCCAUGAUAUUAUGAAGAUCAUUUUUGCUGACGGGGCAUUCACGGAUGGAAGCACAAGUGAGCUAUCGUGUGAUGUGCCCUUAAGAGAUCCAUAUGAUGUUUUCUAUCAGGUCAGUUGCUUGUACUAAAAUGCACAACAGACUCUGAUAAGCACUAAGUUUAAGGUUGAGAGCCUGGGCCAUCAAGUACGCCUUCUCUUCCCAUGCACUGAUACAGUCGUGAGAUAAAAGAGCAAGCCGAGAAAUUAAAAGAAGCAAACCCUUGUUUAUCUGUUGAGAAGUAGGCAACCGAAGAAGUAGGCUAUCCAAGGCGUUGUAAAACGAACUGCAUGAGGGUGCCACAAGUAUUUCAAGUCGAUAACUACAGAACUAGAGGACAGGCAACCAGGUCGAAUACGGGGCAGCAGGUGCAAGUUGUGCCUCAUCUUGGAUAACCGUCUGACAUCCAGAGCUAGCCAAGCCGUUGUACCUCGCAUGCUGUCGGACUGGAGACUGGGAUGUACUACUGGUAAUCAGAUGGUGGCCUUGACUGGGAUGCGCAUGCCGUCGGACCGGAGACUGGAUGCACGCUCAUACAGAGGUUGUGCAGUUACCGUAGAGCCAUCGAGUUGAUC